AUAGCUAGCUAACUUGCGAACUCGGGCAGGGAUCCACGGGUCUGAACAUCUCGGGUCUAGCUUCGUAACGUAAGGGUAAUUAGUACUCUAGGGCCUGCACUAUCGACUCGAGUUGCCCGCAAUUCAGAAACGCCAAGCUAGCACGCGCAUUCUCGCGGCGUGAGCUAACGGGGCCAGGGUCGAUUCUAACCACGCAAGCCCUUCGUUAUCCACAUCAACAGGUCUUCAGCUGCCCACCGUCUGAAUGACCCAGCGUUAAAGUUGAUGUGGUGGAAGGGCGGGAUUACGAGACCUAAUUAAUUUCUCGACGGAGGAUUUAGGAAGUAUAUUACUACAACUUCCACCCAUUCAACCUUAACCCACCGACCUUUUUUUUUUUUUUAAUAUAUUCAUAAUUCGUCUUUCCACAAGCACCAUGGGGGAGAUGGAAACCUACCACGGCUAUGUCCGCACACCCGCGGACGCCAUCAAGUUAUUUGAAGCCUGCAGAUUAGGCUUACUGCCUCGAGUUCAGAGGCGAUUAUCAGAGAAAGAACGACAGUCCAUCAGGUCAGGCUCGGUUUUCGUAUGGGAUGAGAGGGAGGCUGGCAUGCGCAGAUGGACGGACGGUAAAUCAUGGAGCGCAAGCAGAGUUUCGGGCAGUUUUCUCACGUAUAGAGAAAUGGAAGGCAAGCGAGGGACUACAUUUGGUGCUUCGAGACGAAGUAAUGGGAGGACACCGGACAGCGGUCGACUUAGUGACGAAGACCCCGACGGCGAACCCGAAGGAUACCGAUACAAAGCAGAUGGACUGAUGAAGCAAUCAUUCAGCAUUACAACGUCUCAAGGUCAACACCUUCAUCUAAUCUCAUAUUAUUCUAGACCGCAUGCUGGUGCUCCCGAUCUCCCUCAACCGAGCUCCGAUCCCCAACUCCGACAUAUUACUCCCGCGAAAGGCAUGUACCCCGAAUCAAGCUUACACGACACCAACCCGCCUGCCUUAACAAGAGCCCCCAUGCAGUCGUAUGCCAACCAUAGCACUCCAGUCGAGCAACCGAGUUACAACGGUUAUGGUGGUCCUCAAUGGGGAUCGCCAGCGUGGCCGAACCCGAACCCGAACCCAAAUCCAAACCCCAAUCAUUGGCCGCCUUCACCUAACCACACUCCGCCUUGGGGACGUACAGGAAGGCAUACUCCAGAAGCGAAGCCUCAAGCGCGGCCUCCGCCGCAACAGCAACCACAAAGGCCCCCACAACUUCCCCCAUUGCCGCCGACCUCCGCGCCGUCCGCACAAGCCGCCAUUUAUUCUAAGGGCCAUGGAUACGAAUAUGACCGGCUACCUCCUCCUGCCGCGAAUAGGCCCUACCCAAUGCCUGGGCGUGCUCAGAGCCUGUCUCCACAAUCACAACACCUUCAAGUUCAAGCCGCGCAAGCUGCACAACAAGCUGCGGCACAGGCAGAACAAGCUGCACAAGCCGCCCGAGUUGCGCAGGCAGCGCAAGCCGCACAGGCUGUUAUUGACCCGCGUUUGGCGGCGACAAGCGCGCGAAACCCGCAAGGACCACUUCCCGCGAUACCUUCAGCAUCUCGAGGACUAACACCCCCAAGGACGCAUUCCGUGUCACCGCCGAGGACGAUAAGCGCGGAGAGUGUCAAUGGCAACGUUAAUAAGGCGAGCUUAUCGGCGCUUCUUAAUCGGACACCAGCAAACUCCGAACCUAACAGCGCAAACCCGGGGAGCAACAAUAGUGCUGGUAGCUCACCCAGGGCGCUCUCCGAACGGACACCCAGCGGAUCAAAUAGCAAUGGCGUAUUCGGGAGCGAGGAUUCCAAGGCAAUCCUCUCUCUAAACCGAAACCUCUGCAUCUAAAGUUAUGGGAAAGAAGGAUACUGCAUCAACCCGGCGUUAAAAAAAUUGCAUUU